AUGUUUAUGUGUUGUUCUUCUUCUAAUCGCUCGGACCUGACGACUCCCCCGCGCCAUUCUCAGCAUGUGGGGCCGCCACUGUCGUCGUCGGAGGAGGAGAAACAUAGGCAUGAGGCGAAGGACGAGGACGAGUGGGAGCUGCCGUUCCGCCGGGCCCGCCCGCGGGCGCUGCCCGACACGGGCGCGCCGGUGCAGCCGGUGCGGGAGCUGCGGGACAGCACGCUGCUGCACGAGGUGCUGGCCGGGGGCGCGGUGUCCGAGGAGCCCACGUACGUCCGCGACCUGUGGCCGAGCGGGCUGCUGCUGGUCGCCACGAGGCGGCCGGGGUGCUGGAUGAGCAGGGAGCAGGCGCGGGCCGUCGACGAGGCCCACGCCGAGGCCGUGGGGUCUGCCGAGGGAAGGCCGCGGUUGGCGGCCGUGGUGCGGACCUCGUUCUUCGACGAGGACCCUGGGGAGAGGAGACGGCUCCAGCGAGGUGGAGGCGUUCCGGGAGUUCUUCCGGGGAGACGUCUUCGUCGACGACUACCUCAGCGUGUUCAAGGCGCUGGGAGACCGUCAGUACACGGACGCCGUCUACUCCGAGGAGGCGGGCGAGUGGAUGCUGCAGCGCAUGGUCGGCUGCAAGGGCCGGCCCGUGCCCGGUUUGCGGAGGGCGCCCGGGUGCCCGGAGCCCGACGGCGCCCGCUCGGGCCGCGAGGGCCGCGCGGCGCUCGCCCUCGGGGGCGCCGUGGGCGGCACGGUCGCCGCGACGUCGGCCGUGCCUCGCGGCGCGGGGAGCACCCUGGCGCGGGACUGCCUGGCCUCGGGCGCCGCCAGCCUGGUGGCCAGCGCGGCCCUGAACCCGCUGGACAUCUCCGGACGCGGAUGCAGGCGGGGCCGCGCGCCGGCCGGGCGGCGGCGGGCGGCGCCACCGCCGGGGGCACCGCGCGCGCCUUGCGGCUGCUGUUCGCCGCGGGCGGGGUGCGGGGGCUCUGGCUGCCCGGGCUCACGGCCACGAUGUGGCGGCGCGCACGGCGGGGGGCUGUCGUCUGGCCUUCCGACUUCCCGCUGCGGGAGUUCGGCGGUUCCAUCUGCGGGGGCGCGGACCGCUUCGGUGUCGGGAAGGUGUUCGCCGCGCUUUGCUCUGGGGUCGUCGGCGGCGUCCUCUCGAACCCCAUCGACGUAGUCAGGGUGCGGCUGAUGCUGGACGAGCGCAGGUACGUCUCCACGCUGGGAGCCUUGCCCGCCCUCGUGCGGGAGGAGGGCGCCGCCGGUUGCGCCCGCGGCAUGGGGCCCUCGCUGGCGCGGGCCGCGCUGGUGAACGCGGGUUGA